UAAUUUUACUCAAAUUUGUUUCAGUGAAAGACGACUUUGGGCAUCAGAAUUCAAUAUCUGAGAUAUAUAUCGUUAACUUGCUACGCCAAAAGAAGAUAAGAAAUUUUGGUGGAGGUGGGAACCCUAGUAGAUGGGGAGAGGAAAAAUUCCCAUUCAAAAAAUCGAAAAUUUGACGAACCGGCAAGUAACUUUCUGUAAGAGAAGAAAUGGGUUAGUGAAGAAAACUAGAGAACUGUCUAUUCUCUGUGAUGCAGAAGUUGGAGUCAUUGUGUUUUCCUGCACGGGCAAACUUUAUGAGUAUUCAAACACCAGCAUGAAAUCAAUCAUUGAUCGCUUUAACAGCCACAACGAGAACCUUGGUUGGCUAAUGGAUCCUACUUCAUCUGUCAAGAGAGAAGCAGCAAGCUUAAGGGAACAACUACAACAUUUGCAAGAAAGCAACAGGCAACUGAUGGGUGAAGAACUUUCUGAUUUGAAUAUGAAUCAGCUAAAGGAACUGGAAAAUAAACUCCAAACUGGUUUGAGUAAUAUUCAAAUAAAAAAGGAUCAAAUGCUUAAAGAUGAGAUCAAAGAAUUGCAAAAAAAGGGAAUGGUCAUUCAUCAACAAAAUGAAGAACUUCAUAAGAAGAUAAACCUUAUCCAUGAAAAUAAUGUAGAACUACGAAAGGUUAUUGAAGCAAGGGAUAUGGAAAAAGAAAAGGCCACAUGCUAUCAGCAAUGGAUAUGAUACACUUGAACCUAUCAGUUAGCAGCAAAGCCAGCUUCAGCCUCAACACAGUGAAUUACAAGAGGAAGCAAUGAUUAUGGGGUAUUCCCUCAAACUGAUGAUGUAAAAAAUUUAACUGAUGUAGUAAGUUUUAGAGUAAUAAUUAGUUGCUUUUUCUAAAAAAUGUAAGAAAUGUUUUAGAAAAUAAGCUAUAAUUCUCUAAAUAUAAACUGUACUAAACAUGUUGUAAGUUUAAAAGUUUUAUCUUUAUGUGCAGUGCACGUAAAGCCUGUGACUUAUUAGAUAUCGAUCGGACACAUAUCGAGAUGAAUAUUUUCGAUCUUCUUAUUUCUAAA